CUGAUUUUUGCCCACAUCACCGGUGAAGGCGUGAAGUGUUGUCAGCUGACACUGAAUGUACAUGCACAAUAGGUCCUACAUUACAUGAAGGCGUAAAUUUAUACGCCGUACAUUAAUGUUCUCGCGGAACGAGGGAUUGAUCAGCAAAAAACACUCAGAAAAAAUUCUUUUUCCUCAGAAUAACACCCGGUAAGCCAGCAAAGUGUCAGGGACACUGAGUUGCAUGAUCAUGCCGUUACCUGGAGAAGAUGAAGGAUUCUGUACAGGCGGUCAAAUCGACGCCAUGGUGAUGGCUAUGAUUGAUACAGCAUACGACAAGAACACGGGCGUGCGCACUAUCAUCGCCACGUCGUUGGUCAACAUCGGCAAGAAGAAGCCGGGGCUUGUCCUGCACUCUUGCCACAACUACCUGCGCAAACACGGCAAGCUCCAGAAGGACCAUCGGGUGGUCGUCCUGCAGACUAUGGAGCGCAUCUUGAAGGAGACGCUGGACAGAGUUCCGGAGCCGCUGAUCCCGGACCUGGUCAAACUGGCCUCGGACGAGCUGACCGCGUCCAAGGAUGUGCAGCCGGAGUGGCAGACCGCAGCCAGCGGCGUCCUGGUGGCUCUCGGUCACAAGUACUGCAACGAGGUGAUGGAGGAACUGGUCCGCAAAUUCCAGCCGGGGACGCUGCCGCAUUUCUUCGUCAUCCAGACAAUGGCGAACCUAGCCACGGCAAAUAGUUUUGGAUUUGUGCCAUUUCUUACGGCUACCCUGGGAACCCUGCUACCCAUGCUGGGCAUGGCCAAACAGGACAACAUGAAGUGGGUCUGUGUGCACGCUCCAUUCCCAUUGGUCUUCGUUUCACAGCACUUGGCUCGUUUCAGCGAGAGCAUUGAGGACUACGUGGCCAACAUCGACAGCGCCCCCGACCCCACCAUCACCAAGACCACCUACUCCACCCAGAUCUUCACCGCAUUCGACCACAUCUUCAAUGCCUGGCAACAGUCCAAGGAAGCCAAGCUGCGUUUGAUGGUCGUGGAAGCGCUGGGCCACAUGUCCAAGAUAAUCCUCCAGGAACGCUUGGAGGAGCAGGUUCCCAAGCUGAUUCCGUCCGUCCUCAACUUGUACAAGAAACAUCCGGAGCCCUUCUUCGUCACACAGGGAUUGUGUAUGAUUCUAGAAUCAGCCGUUGCCGACGGAAGCACCAUGCUGGAAGCACAGUUGGAGAUCAUACUGAACACACUUCAUGCCCAGGUGUGCGUCCCACCGGAUUUCAACCACCCCUUGACCAUGAAGAAUCACAACGAGCUACUCCGUUGCUUCGCCAUCGUGGCCCGUUCCUUCUCCGACCGGGUGGUGGCCUAUCUGCUGCAAAAACUCGAAGGCAACGAGAAGGUCCGCAUCGGCACUCUGGCCGUCUUCAAGCAACUCAUCAAUUCCGCUGGGCCUCACAUGGAAAACAAAAAAUCUCUCGUGCUGUCCGGGCUGAAAAUAGUGUUGGCCGAUCAGAGCAACAAGGUAAAGAAGAUAUUUGCUCAAGUUGUCAUCGCCAUGGCCCACCACGGUUACCUUGAAUUGGAGGGCGGAAACUUCAUGAUUGAGUUUGUCGUCAAGCAGUGCGCCCUCCAGCUCAACGACAUCCAGCAGACGAGCAAGAAGGAGAAGGCCGAUCCGGACCAGGUCACCAAUGCCGCCCUGCGCGGCAUGUGCGACAACGUCAUGAAUCUCAUCACAACCACCGUCGUUGACAUGGAAUCUGUCCUGUGGCCCUUCCUGCUGGAGUUCAUCGUUCAGCCGCAGCACACCGACGCCAUGGGAACCCUAUGCCAGAGCCUAGCAUUCAUCGGCGCCAAGAAGCGUGAUGAGGAGGCAGACGACUACCGCCUUCUCUACGAGGAGCUGAGCAGCCUGCCCAAACCGAACAUUCUCAUGGCCAGGCUAAUGGUCAUGGCAGGACGACCGGGUAACGGGCGUAAACGGGGAAUCCACGUGCUGAAGCUGAUGUUAGCGAUGUCGCCCAACAUCCAUGACGCGCUGGUGGACAUGUGGGAUGCCGUCAUCCCAAAACUCAUCCAAUACCUAGAAGAAAAUCUCGACGACGAAAACAAGUGGUCCCAGAAAUCGUGGGAAGAUUUGCUGUUAAAAUUGCUGUCCAAGUCUCUGGAUACCAUAGAGGAAGAGGAUUGGCACUGUGAAAUUGGCACGGCCCUCGGUGAUCACCUACCGCUCUACCAAGACAUGCCCGAGGAAAAGAACUUUCUCUACAAGUGUCUGGGUGUGGUGAUGAGAAAAGUCAAGAACACGCAGUUCGUUCAGAAGCAUCUGGACAUCAUGUUCUCCUCGGUCCGACACAGUAACCACUUGGAGAGAGAGGGUUGUGCCUACGGCCUGGGAUUCUGCGCCUCUUCCCAUCUGGACAUCGCACUGGCUAAACUGGAGAGUGUGGCCAAGAUGGACAUGGCCCGCAAGUCCACCGGUUUCUUUGGACUGGUCAAGGAUAAAUCGGAGGCGGACGUGGAGAGAAUCAAGAGCACUGUCAUGCUGUGUUACGGCUACCUGACUCUGUUUGCUCCUAGUGAUAUAAUAGCGUCUCGAGUGGAGGCUAACAUCCUGCGCAACAUCAACCCACACUUUGCACAUGUCAAGGACACGGCUGUCAAGCAGAACCUGAUCCGUGCCGUGGAUCUAAUCGGCAAGGCCCUCCACCCCGACCACCUGAAGCGCAAUUACUCCUUCAGCAAGAAGACGGAGCUGCUGAACCACAUGCUGAGCUACAUGAAGGCCGAGAGCACCAAGGAGCUUCAGAACGAGACCAGGAGCCUGGCUAUGCAGUCCUGCGCUACCUUGGUCAAGCUGGAGCCCCACCUGAACGACGCCGACACCUUUGACCUGGUCAAGACGAGCGUGGAGUGCCUCUUCAAGCUGCCGGAGGGUCUCCUGGCCCCGGGUAAGGGCAAGGAGGAGGUGAAGGAGGAGCAGGUGCGGGAGAACGAGGCGCUGGCCGGGGCGUCCUUCCGCAGCCUCCACGAGCUGCUCUGCGAGGUGCUGCGCAAGGACCUGACGCCCCAGGGAUUUCUCAACCUCUUCAAGCAUCUUGAACCUUGGAUAGUCUCCACCCAGGAUCAUGAGAGACAGCGAUCCGUCGCCGCCAACCUCACCCUGCUGAAAUUCUACCUGGAAAACGUGACCGAUAUGAAUGCAGGUAACGGAUCCUUCACUAACAUGGGGAUGUUGGUGGGUCGACUGGUACCCCGUUGCUCGGAUCCCAACCUGACGAUCAGAGAAGAUGCCGUGCAAUCCGUUCAGAUUAUCCUUCGCAUUGAUCUUCUCUACCAAGGUAAGACGUCAUCCUUCCAAGAUCCUGUCGUUGAAGCCCUGACGGUACUGAGAGAGAGGGCGGCGCACACCGACCCCAAUCUCCUCUACAGCCUGGUCAAUGAUCUCUCAAAGGCCCUCGCCAAGAAACUUCCCUCAGACCACCUCAAACCUUUCAUCUAUCUGCUGAUAGAGGGCCUCCUUGACUUCCAGUCUCACUGCUCCAGUGGGGCCUGCGUCGUCCUGAACACCAUACUCAAGACCAGAGGAACGGAACUAGUGGUGGAUGUGGAUGAGAUGAUCGCGGCCGUCCACUUCAAGCUAAUCAACAUCACCUAUCAGCAGACUCGCACUGGUACCCUGCGCGCUGUCCGCACACUGGCAUCUAACUCCUUAUCGAAUGUCACUGACACCUUGCUGAAAUAUCCACUGCCCUAUGAUGUACACAUCCAAGACUGCUGGAAGUCCCUUGCCAGCGAUCCCGUCAUCCUGAAGCACCUCUUCGACAGCUUCAUGGACAGUCUGAUGCGUAAUGUCCACUAUGAGGAGAAGAUUGACCCCAAGACCAAGAAGACCCUCUCCAAGACGGCCCACCUGUCUCCCAUGGCGAUCGUCCAUGCUCUGAUUGAGAUCCUGGAGGUAGAGGAGACGGAAGCCUCGCUCCGGGACCAGUUCCACCGCAUCUUUGCCACGUUGCUGAUCUACGUGGGCUCCAGCGUGGGCGUCAAGCCUCCCGCUCCCCCCGAAUCCACGAUGAAGAACGGCGCCAGCAGCAAGGACAAGAAAGCCAUGACCAAGGCCUACGCGUCCAUCAAGCCCUCCGUGGUUGCAGUAAACGCCUUGAAAGCCCUCAUACUGAGAGGUCAAGGGUCAGAGUUGAUUCAGCUCCUAGACACAGAGGGAGUGUGGGACGCGCUGCAGGACGCCAACAAGUACCCGGACGGGGUAACCAUCUUGGCCCAGGGCAUGGCCAAGCACAUGACAGGCUACAUUGCCAAGAUAGUCUCCUGUCUGAUCCCGUCCUUGGCCAGUCUGUACGAGCCGCAGCGCGUGGUCACGGCUGCCUUCCUAGCAGAGUUGGUGAACCAGAAGUGCGCCGGGGACGUGCAGUUGGUGGAGGACAUCAUGAACAAUUUGCUGGGCCGAAUGGUGGACUCCUGCCACGUGGUGCGCAUGCUUUGCAUCCGCGGAAUGGGAAACGUGGCCAGCCUGGGCCCACAACAGACCCAGAAAUACUGCACGACGGUGUUGUCGGCCAUGAUGGCAGGCAUGGACGACAAGGAGGACACGGAUGAUCAGAUUCUGCUGGAAUCCAUGACCGGCCUGUCGCGCAUCCUGAUCAAGAUCGACGAGUCCAACAUCAGACCCAUUCUGGUCAACAUAGCUCUUAGGAUUAGACCGUGCUUUGAAAAGGAUAGAGCCACCGUCAGGGCUGUGUCCUUCUCUCUCUUUGGCAACCUGAGCCGGUUUGGGGACGGGCCCUCCAAGGCACCCUUCCUGGAGCAGAUUCACACCAACUUGGUCAGUCUCCUUCUCCAUCUCAAUGAUGAGGAUGACGAUGUCAAGAAGGCCUGUAAGUUUGCACUGCGGGAGAUAGGCCCCCUGAUUGGCUCCGAUCCCCUCAAUAAGAUGUUUCAGAAGCACCUGUUGGACGAAGGGUCGCUCAACUAUGGAGAGUUCAUGUUUAACCUCUCCAAAGUUAUAAUAUCCGACUUCCUCCAGAAGGUCAACUUCUACGUGAUGGCCAAUGUGGGGUUCUUCAAGAGCUCCUGGCCAGACGUCCGUGGGAACGCGGCCAUGUUCGUGGGCUUUUUACUGGGGAACUUGCCCGAGGCCAGCCACACGCUCAUCACCAAAGAGCACGUCUGUGGAGCCCUGAUUCUACUCCUGAAGGACCCAGACCCCACUGUGAGGAUAAAAGCGGCGGAGGCCAUGAGCCUACUCCCCCAGUACUGAGAAAUGUCCCAUGCUGCACUGUGUUGCCGUCACCUUUGAACUCCUGACCUGGCCGGCCGAGGUCAGGUUGUCGAGCAUGUGUGGUACCGGCCUAGUGGGACGAUAUCACUGUUGUACAUGUAGAAAUAUGGUCGAGACGGAACUCAACUCGUUGUGAUCAUGUCCUGAAAAUUUGAACCAAAAAAAAAACCAAAACAAAACAGGUGGCUGUUCUUGUAGUUAUUAAAUAUUUCCUCUUUCAAAUGGUAUAAAACAGCUGUAAACCAUCUGUAAGUCUUUUCUUCGGGGAUGUCUGGUUGCCUUGACAACCUCUGCAUCAUCAUUGCUCUGCGUAUAUAUACAUACAAGUGUGUUUGGUCAUUUUUUUGCGCUUUAAACAGUAAAAAUGUGUGUUCAUGUGAAUGAAUAUUCAUGCGCUCUGUAAAAUAUGCAGGUUUACAUAAUGGGGAAGUGGGAGAUAUUCGUUUCUUGAAAAUGUUUACGCCCUAGCUAUAUUACGAUAUACGUCAACAUUCCCAAAUGAGUUUACCAAUCGGAAUAUUCCCCAGGGAUCACGCUGGAGCACAUUUGACAUAGACUGUCAUUUUUUUUUUUACUGAAAGUUUCACCUCUUUCAAACCAGUUUCUUAGGGCAUUUGAGACAUUUUUUUCCCUCACAACCUACCGCGCAAAACGGUUGGCUCAAUUCUGCCCUUUUGCCAACCUGCAGGUGGGGUGCUGUCACUCGACAAGAAAUUCCCUCAAAACAGAAACGCAAGACAGCUGCAAAACGGGAAUGGAAGUUUUACUGUUGCUCUGAGUGGGGAAAACAGUCAUUUUGCAAAAAAAAAAAA